AGGACUUAAAUCGCUCAGUCACACAGACGCUCGAGAUACCUACGGAAAUGAACAGUGCUCAUACCAUGAUUCCCUCAAAAUGACCGUAUCUACAAACUCUAUACGAAAGCCAGUCUCCCCCCGUCUGUGCGCUGCUCGCCAGUGAAGGCCAGCCCGAUAGCCACAAUCCAGAAAUGCGAGGAAUGUGUGGUCAGCGGAGACGUACAAUGACGACAGGGUCAGCCUUCUGUGACCCUCGGGCGACGGUAGUUGCGCUUAGUGCGACUACAAUACGGUACGGGACUCGCUGGACUAACCAGACAGAGUAAGACUGGCGAGGACCCGAUUGCCCUCGUUGAUCGGCGCGAAGCUCGACCAUUGCCCGUGUGGCCGUGUGAUCAAUCGCGCUAUCUUCGGUCGUCGCUCUUUAUUUCAUGCAUGGCCUUCCCCAGACUAGCCAAUUUUCAAUUUGUCUUGGGACUUCUUUUUUUUUUUUUUCUUCUUAUUUUGCAUCUUGCUACAGUAGCCUUUUUCUCUUCUAUCUCCCCCUCUCCCCCCACUCAAAUAAACGCUAAUGUUAACUGCCGCCAUGCGCUAAGAGCACCUACCACCAAAGGACUCUCCAUACCGAGGUCAUGUCGAUACCCGAACCUAUCGGUCAACAACCAUGCUAGCUUCUCUGCUCCGCCCAAAAGCACGGCGCCAGCAGAUUGACCAGACUCCUUUUUCUUACUCGUCUCCUUUGGCACCCAGCGAUAGCUCUCCAUGGUUUCGAGCAGCAGGCCGCCGAGGCCCCCAACGCGCGCGACGGGACGGAUACAGCGAGGAUGAACACGAGCCAGAGCUUGAGGAGAUUGACGAGAACAUGGACCAAGAUUGGGUCGGGGAUGAAGAUGAAGAUGAUGAGGAUGAUGAGGAAGAUGGUCCACCCGAAUCAACUCCGCUGCUCCCCAUAUUCUCUGCGUCGCAUCUCGAUGCCCUCCCCGUGUACAAUCUCACACAUGCCAUCCGACCAUUAAUCGCCUCCCGAUGUGAAACCACGUUGACCUGGGACCAGCUGCGGUCCCCUCAGGUGUCCCAGUUCCUGGUCAAGCCCAUUCAGCAGAAGCUCAUGUCCGCUCAUUUUUCACGAGCCACACUCUAUGCCCUGAUGGCCAACUGCCUGCAAUUCGAAAAGGAAAUCCAUCUCAACCUGGGAAACAGCGGUGCUAGUCAGACUCGAGCUAUGGUCAGCGAACUGCUUGCGAUUAAGCUGCUAAGGGAAUACACAACCAGAGAAUUGAUUGAUGCUCUAUCUUACGAGUUCUACCCUCUCCAGGGUCAAGAUCCGACCACGGCAUGGGCGUCGGGUCCCCGAGGGAAACAAUUGGCUGGGACGGGCCGCGUCUCCUGCCUCGAAGUGGCCAUUCGAGCCCAGGCGAAGCGGUUCCUGGCCCAUCCAGUGGUAGUGCAGCAAUUGGAGGCGAUCUGGGCUGGAACCAUUGUCUUUCACUCUGCGGCUGAUCAUCUGCACCGACGGGCUCAUCAAGCUGCUGUGGGUGGUGGAAUGGGCUAUGGAACAUCGACGCAUUACCAGAGCGACCAGCGACCUUCGUCGGGAAACGCGACGUUUCGUCGAUCAGUGACCUUAUACAACCCGCGAGACGCUUCACUGUUCAAACUCUCCCGAUUGCGAGUACCGCGCUAUCGCCAAUUCUUGUCCACGCUUUCGUUUGCAGUGCUGUUGGGACUUUUUCUGGCAGUCCUUGAACAACGCAGUCGACAAAUUACGUCUCUCGAGGUCGUCUUCUGGUUUUGGAGUGCGGGAUUCAUGCUCGAUGAGAUUGUUGGAUUCAAUGAGCAGGGCUUCAGUCUCUAUCUGAUGAGCUUCUGGAAUUUAUUCGAUUUGGGUAUUUUGCUAUUGCUGGUCUGCUACUAUUGCCUUCGGAUCUACGGAACCUUUUUGACGUACCCGAGAAAUCGUCAAGUCGCCAAUCAGGCAUACGACGUUCUGGCUGCUAAUGCAGUGCUCCUGUUUCCUCGCCUCUUUUCAAUCCUUGAUCACUACCGCUAUUUCUCGCAACUGCUGAUUGCGUUCCGUAUCAUGGCUUCCGAUUUAAUUGCGGUCUUCGUUUUGAUUGUGAUUGCCUGUAGUGGCUUCUUCGUCGCCUUCCUGUCCUUUGGUUCGGACAACUCACCAAACACUGUGGCCUAUGGUUUGUUCCAGAUGCUGAUGGGCUUCACUCCAACCGCAUGGGCAAUGUGGGAUGAAUACAACGUGCUUGGCAAGAGCAUUCUCACAAUCUUCCUCUUCAUCUGUCACUUCGUGGUAGUCACUAUUCUUAUCACCGUUCUGACAAAUUCGUUCAUGAGAAUCGUUCAGAAUGCCAAUCAAGAGCAUCAAUUCCUGUUUGCUGUCAACACAAUCUCGAUGGUCAAAUCAGAUGCUCUCUUCUCUUACGUGGCCCCGGCCAAUAUCAUCGCCUGGCUAGUCACGCCGUUCAGGUUUCUCAUGCCAUUCCGCCAGUUUAUUCGACUGAACCGGACGAUCAUCAAGAUUACUCACCUCCCGGUUCUGUUCACAAUUUGCUUCUACGAAAAGAUGAUCUUGAGCGCCCGGGUGGUCGAGCCGAUGGACCUUGUUGAGCCGACCUCCCUGACAGAGAACUCUAGGCAAGCUGAACCUUGGCGACCAAGUCGGUUCCGUGCCUUCAGUAAUCGAGCCCGCCUCGUGCGAGAGCCCUCCGUUGCGACAUAUCAGAAGGAUCAGGCGCUCGAGGAGGUGUUCCGACGGCCAUUCGGGGAUCAGCGGUUACGCGAGCGCCCCAGCAGCAUCCGGGAUCGCCAGAAAAGCACCGUCAUCAAAGACUGGAUGCAGGAGAUCGGCUCCGGCCCUGCCCAUACCCCAGAUGAACAAGAUUCGGCUGCGGGAGAUCUUCUAGAAAUGCCCGUCCGACGCUUGCGGUUCCCAUUCCGGAAGUCCUUGGCAGUCCAUGGACGUAACUUUACGGAGACGACUCGUUCAGUGGCAUCCAACCCUGAAGAUCGGACUAGCCGUAUGGCCAGUCCUGAAUUCCACCGCCACAAUCGAGGUAAAAAUUCACCCAGCCGCACGCGACAGCCCUCUCAUCACACCGACAUGGAAGGUGAUGAUGAGCUGACCAGCGACGACGACCAUGAGUCCCAAGACAAGCAUUCCGAUAAGGGCUCUGGUAGUGACGACGAAGGAAAUCCGAUCGGUAGCAGCGAGAAAACAACCCCGAAGUUCUACAGCUCGCGGCCAUCAACGGCACGAGUAAUAUCUCGACGUGCUAGUCCCACGCACCGCCCAAAGCACAGCCGAACCGUGUCCGGAGCCACCAUGCUGUACAAUCCCAUUGGGUCACCAAAUCUGGGGAUCGAGGGACAGUCCACGCCUCGUAGAGAUGGUAACAACUCCUCAGAGGACGAGGAUCGGCUGCCAUUCGUAUCUACAUCCGUGGACCAGGGCACGAUCAAUCGGGCAGUCCUAGCCCGCCAUCUCAGCUUGAACCGAAUGUCCGUCCCAGAGGUUGACGGGCUUUACUUGUCAGAUAGGCCUCUCUCCAAACGCCGCCAACGGUCGCUACUAUUUGAUCUCGGGUCCGACCUCGGCGACAACAAGGCGGUCGUGGGUGCCUUUGGCGGUGCUGUCCCGUCUAGCUUCAAUACCCAGCUGGCAUUUGCCACAGGAGGCCUCCGCCGUGAUGGGCCUAGUCAAGCCCAAACCCAAGACAUGCUGAGCAAGCUCGUUCUCGCUCGUAUGAAUAAUAUCGAAGAGGGCUUCCGGGAGGUGAUCAAGGAAGUCAAAGAUCUACGCCUCGCCGGGUCCAGCCGCAGCCGGAGCCACAGCCGUAGUCGGGCCAAGGAGAUUCGACCCCUCACUCGGGAUAAGAAGAAAGUUGCGGAGAAGAAGGAUUCCAAAAAGCGAAGACCUAACUCUUCUGAGGAAAAUCAGGUAGAAAUUGAGGAGCGUGAUGGACAGUCGGCCAAGGAGUCCCACCGAUCAGAUGAUAAGCAGUAAUAUGAGUCACCAAUGACUCAAUCUUCUGCGAGCGGCUGCUGCACUUUGCAAAACCCAUUGUACACUUGAAAAUGAGGUGGCUUUUUGAAGGGUUUUCCUGCUUCAUAUAUGGCGCAUGGCAUUUGUCUUUGUGUUUCUUCUCCAGAUACCUUCGAGAUUUCGGACCUGUUUAUGUAUACGAUCCUACUACAUUGUCUCUCGAAUUAGUAAUGUGCCGACGAGUAACUUAAUCUAAUCAGAAGUUCAUCGAUCAGGAUAAAAUCCCCCC